AUGGCGUUGCUGCCUGUGAACGGGUGUGGGGAAAAGAGGGAGGAGGGAGGGGGAGGAAGAGAACCAAGAGGUGAAGAAGCAGAGAGGGCGGAGGAGCCGGGGGGGCGGAGGAAGGAGAGAGAGAAGAGAGACGAGAGGAGGGCCGUGUCUGGAGGAGAGGGAGGAGUGGAUACCUGUGAUGGGUCCAAGCAACAGGGGAAAAGAGAGAGGAUUGAUGAGUCAGCGGAAAGCGAGCAGGCGAGAGAGGAGAAGAGAGAGGAGAGGAGAGAGGAGAGGGGAGCAGUGUCUGGAGGAGAGGGAGGCGUGGAUACCUGUGAAGGGGUGUGGGGGAGAAAGGGGAAGUGUGGGGGAGAACAGAGAAUCAAGAAGGGAGAGGUGAGGAAGGAGACGAGAGAGGGGAGGGGGCACAUUAACAUCCUCAACACCAACAUCAUCAUAAUCAUAAUCACCAUCCCCAUCACCACCACCAUCACCACCACCAUCACCAUCACCAUCACCAUCACCAUCACCAUCACCAUCACCACCACCAUCACCAUCACCAUCACCAUCACCAUCACCAUCACCAUCACCAUCACCACCACCAUCACCAUCACCAUCACCAUCACCAUCACCAUCACCACCACCAUCACCAUCACCACCACCACCACCAUCACCAUCACCAUCACCAUCACCAUCACCAUCACCAUCACCAUCACCAUCACCAUCACCGUCACAACCACCGUCACAACCACCGUCACCUGCAUCACAGCUUUGAUUGCGGCAGGGGAGGGUCGGCUUGGCACAAAAGAGGAGGACGGGGAAGGGAGUGCGACAGAAAGUUACAGGGGUGGGGAGAUGGAAGAGGAUAGUGAGGGGAGAUGA